UAUAGAAAAAACAAAAUUGCAUAAAAAUUUCUUUUCUAUACUAGGGGUUUUAAUAUGUGAAUAAUAAUUCGUGAGUAAUAUUAUAUUUAAUCGGAAUGUUUAUUUUGCUAUAUUUUGCAAGUCAAGGGACGCUAUAAAUGCAUAAACAUCCGUUGUCUAAUAAUAAGGUGUUUUAUAUACUCGAGUAAGGUGCAGCACAAUUCAAUUUCAUGAUGUAUCUGAGAACUUAUGUUAUUGAAUUUGUAUCUGAAGAUUGCACUGUUUACUUUUAUAGUGUUCAAUAGUUCUUAAAUACCCGUAUGCAUUGUUUGGACAUAUUUAACUCAUUAAAAAUACAUUUUUCUUUGUUUAAUUCUGUACCGUCAAAAGGUACCGAAACAAAAUUAGCACGAUUACAUAUCAAGCUGCAAAAUUAUUUGAGAAUCAGUUAUGUAAAAAGAAAUGUAGUAUUUACAGUGAUUGUAAAAGAAUGAACCUAAUAACCAGCUAUGCGACCAUCUGUUCCCCCGCGCCAAUCAGAAUCGAGCGCGCUCCCCAUUGGUUGAUACCGAACUACUUCGUUAGGUAUAUAAAUAGGAAGCUCAUGGUUACAAUCAGCAUACUUUUCCGAUCGUCCAGACGAACGGGUUGCAAGUGUUGUUUAGUAUUUUGUUGUUAACGUGACCAUUUCACAAUGUCUGGCCGUGGUAAAGGAGGAAAAGCAAAAGGAAAAUCAAAGUCUCGCUCGAAUAGAGCUGGACUGCAGUUUCCUGUCGGUCGUAUCCACAGACUUCUGAGAAAAGGAAACUACGCGGAACGAGUCGGCGCUGGGGCUCCUGUUUAUUUGGCCGCCGUUAUGGAGUAUCUGGCCGCUGAGGUUCUGGAAUUGGCGGGAAACGCAGCGCGUGACAACAAAAAGACCAGGAUCAUUCCAAGGCAUCUCCAACUGGCAAUCAGGAACGACGAGGAGUUGAACAAACUUCUCUCCGGUGUCACAAUUGCUCAAGGAGGUGUUCUUCCCAAUAUUCAGGCAGUGCUUCUGCCCAAGAAGACCGAGAAGAAGGCUUAGAGAUUACGAACAUUACUGAAGAAGAACAAAAUGGCCCUUUUCAGGGCCACAACAUUUUUU